UCAUCUUGCUCCAACUCUCGCUGGGCCUGGGCUAUGCUGCGGGGCGGAUCCCCCACCACAGCUCCAACAUGCCAGCAGCAUCUGGAAAGAGAUUCAAACCCAGCAAAUACGUCCCGGUCUCAGCUGCUGCCAUCUUCCUAGUGGGAGCCACCACCCUCUUCUUUGCCUUCACGUGCCCAGGGCUCAGUCUGUACGUCUCCCCAGUCAUUCCUGUCUACAAUGCAGUCGUCUUCCUCUUCGUGCUGGCCAACUUCAGUAUGGCCACCUUCAUGGACCCAGGCAUAUUCCCGCGAGCGGAGGAGGAUGAGGACAAGGAGGAUGACUUCCGAGCUCCCCUCUACAAGACGGUGGAGAUCAAGGGCAUUCAGGUGCGCAUGAAAUGGUGUGCAACCUGCCGCUUCUACCGGCCGCCACGCUGCUCCCACUGCAGUGUCUGCGACAACUGUGUGGAGGAGUUUGACCAUCACUGUCCCUGGGUCAACAACUGCAUCGGGCGGCGCAAUUACCGUUACUUCUUCCUUUUCUUGCUGUCGCUGACCACGCACAUCAUGGGAGUGUUUGGCUUCGGCCUGCUCUACGUCCUCUACCAGGUGGAGGAGCUCUCCGGCGUCCGCAUGGCUGUCACUAUGGUGGUGAUGUGCGUGGCCGGCUUAUUCUUCAUUCCCAGACCCCCCUUCUUGCGGCCAGAGGUGUCAGACGGUCAGAUCACUGUCAAGAUCAUGGACAACGGUAUCCAGACAGAGCUGAAAAGGACGAAGUCCAAAGGAAGCCUGGAGGUGACAGAGAGCCAGUCUGCUGAUGCCGAACCGCCACCCACCUCAGCAGCUUUGCCCCCCUCCCCCAGCGCCAAGCUGAGCCGAGUGAACAGCCUGAAGGAGCCCAACUCCAUCUGUGAGAGCAGCCGCAAGCCCAGCUACCGCUCGGAGCCGAGCCUAGAGCCC